CACUUCCCAACAUGACACGUUACCACCAUUAGCCUAUCUUCAAACUCUUUAUUUCACAAAUUUAGCAACUCUUCUUAGUUACAAAACAAUCCACUUUUGUUCACCCUCUACCGAUAUAGAAACAUCCCUUUUCUUUCUUUUUUUUUUUUUAGGUCUUCUAUUCUCUUUCCCCUUCAAUAAGCCUAUGCACUUCCGCCCAUUCUCAGAUCAGAUCUCAUCAUUUUGUCUGGUGGGUAACUGGAUUUUCAUAUCACCAGGAAGAAAGAAAACAUGGGUCGUGGAAAGAUCGAGAUCAAGAGGAUUGAAAACCCUACUAACAGGCAGGUCACCUACUCGAAGAGAAGAAAUGGAAUUUUCAAGAAAGCACAAGAGCUCACAGUUCUUUGUGAUGCUAAGGUUUCUCUUAUCAUGUUCUCUAAUACUGGAAAAUUCCAUGAGUUCAUUAGCCCUACUACAACGACAAAGACGAUGUUUGACCAAUAUCAGAACACUUUAGGCAUAGAUCUGUGGAGCACUCAUUAUGAGAGAAUGCAAGAGCACCUAAGAAAGCUGAGAGAGAUCAAUAACAAGUUGAGAAGAGACAUCAGGCAGAGAAUGGGUGAGGAUCUAAAUGAUGCGAGCUUCGAUGAGCUGCGCGGUCUUGAGGAAAGAAUGGAUUCUGCAUUGGAGCUUGUACGUGAAAGGAAGUAUCAUGUGCUCAAAACACAGACAGACACCCGCAGGAAGAAGGUAAGAAAUUUAGACGAAAGACAUGGAGAUCUUCUGUUAGAAUAUGAAGCAAAAUGUGAGGAUCUACAAUAUGGUUUAGUGGAUAAUGAAGGAGAUUAUGAGUCUACAAUUACACUUGCAAAUGGAGCAUCCAAUCUCUAUGCUUUCCGGCUGCACCACGGCCACCCGACGGCUAAUGGAGGAGGGUAUGGAUCCCAGGAACUCCGCCUUGCUUGAGUGGCGCUGCUUAAUUUCCCUCCAUAAACAUCUACUUAAUCUAAUCUAGUCUAAUAUAAAAAUGCAUUCUAAGAAAUGCAAUAUUUAAUGGAAUAAGAUGAAGUUUAUUAUAAUAUAUGAGCUGUGUAGUGUAUGGCCUGAAAGUAGAAUUGGGGGGGCUUUCAGGUAGGUCCUCUUUUGAGUCUUGUGCUUGAAGCAUAUGUCUCUACCAUAUUUAGUUGAAAUGUUUGGAGUCAUUUCUCAUUAUUGUCUCUGAUAUUGGGAACUUAAUUACAAGUAUUUGGAGAAAGUAAUAUUAAUUUCAAAGCACAGAUGCUCUUA